UUAAAUUAUCACCUCCACAGUUUCUGCCACAAAAAUCCCAAAUGAAUCAAAACCUCUACCUCUUCAUCCUGAUCUUCCUUCUCUCAGAAACCCCAGCAUUUGCAGUGGACCUUUACUACCAAAACUGCAGCGUCCCCACAACCUGUGGCCGCCUAAACAUCAGCUAUCCGUUCUACAUCCCAGGCAGGCAACAAGACUUCUGCGGCUACCCUGGUUUCCAGCUCUCCUGCCACGGCGGCGCAGACGACGACAAAGAAGAAGCCUACCCACUUCUCCAGUUGUCUGGAGACGAUUACAUAAUUCACAACAUCAGUUACGAAAGACAGACUCUUGUCGUCUCAAAUGUUCUACUUUCGCACUACUUGGACAACUCUUCCUGCACUAAUCUCUCACUGAUCCAUAAUUUAACGCUCCCUAAUGAACAGUUUGAGCUGGCUCCAAACCAAGAUCAGUUCUUUCUGCUCCACAACUGCAGCCCUUCGUUUGUCGAUUCUUUUCCAACGUACAAGAUUGGUUGUAGUAACACUUCGGUUCUCUGCCUCGGCAGAUAUAUCCGAAAUUUGAAGGUCUUGGGGAGGUUGAAAAGUGUGGAUCGAGUGAGGUGCCGGUGGCGCAAGGUGGAGGGUAUGGGAAUGACGAGGCGGCGGGAAUGA